AGAAUUACGCUAUGACAAUUAUCGCUCCGAUAAACAUGCUAGUGUCCGCACUUUGACAUCACCUGUCGUGCUAAUCGCCCGUAGAUAGGCUGUUAAAAAAUCAACGAGUAAACCAAGGUAAAACGAAAUUGAUUUAAUUGCGCAAAAUAUUUGUCGAUAUAAUAAAUGGAGUUGACACGUCAAGAACGAACUAAUAGAGGCUUAUAGAGGAUAUUGUUCUAUUAUAGUAUUUUUGUUGUAUAAUUUCUUUUCAGACAAUAUUAAUACUUAUGCUGAAAUCUUUCUUCAGUACUUUGUACACUGUCUCGAGAAAAAUGUAUAAACCUCAUGUUAUUUUCGUUUUGGGAGGACCGGGAGCAGGCAAGGGAACACAAUGUGAAAAAAUAACGAAUACUUACGGAUAUACUCAUCUAUCUGCCGGAGAACUCCUUAGACAGGAGAGAGCAUCAGGAUCACAGGAAAGUGAUAUCAUUGAACAAUACAUACGACAAGGUCAAAUUGUUCCUGUCGAAAUUACCAUCAGUCUCUUAGAGAAAGCAAUGAUUAAUACCAAGAAGAACAAUCCUAAUAAUCGUGGUUUCCUUAUUGACGGAUUUCCCAGAAACCAGAACAAUUUGGAUGGAUGGAAUGAUAAAAUGGACGGAAAAGCUGUAGUGGAAGGUGUACUUUUUUUCGAAGCAAGUGACGACAUCUGCGUCAACCGUUGUCUAACAAGAGGCCAAUCGAGUGGUCGAAGUGACGAUAACCUUGAAAGCUUAAAGAAACGUUUGAAAACAUAUCACGAAUCAACAAUGCCUAUCUUGGAGAAAUUCAAGGAGCAAAAUCUUCUACACAGAAUCGAUGCCACACCUGGACCAGAUGAGGAAAAGGAGAGUGACAAAUUCGGUGUACUCGUACUUAUUAGAAUCAGUACCUGCUACGCUUUGGAUGGACGAAAUACUCUUGUUCAGCAGAAAAGUGUUAUUAGAAAUUACCAUGGUAAGAUUUUGGGAUUGGCCAAGGACUUUGAAUUGAUUGAAGAUCCUGAAAAAAAGUGGGGAGAUGGAAGAACAUUGAUCGUUCUACAUUUUCCAUCUUGGGAAUACGCCAAGAUGUGGAAGGACUGCACCCCUGAUAUGAAGCAACCCGAUUGGUUGGGAGGAGUUGAUAUUGUAGUUGUCCCCUUAAGAACCUCUCUAGAUGGUAAUCAAACCUUCUUUGUCUCCGAUAUUUCUGUAUACGAUCUAGACGGCUUUAAUGCCUGCUACAUUCAAACUAUUGCCGACCAACUGAAGUCAGCUGGUGCCAAUACUGUUGUUGGUACUGAUAGAAAUGAAAAGUAUAGAGGCUUAUGGGACAGUGGUUAUAUUCUCAUGACGCAAUGGCAAUGUGGAAAAGCUUUCACAGAAUGGUACAAUUCUGAAAAUUAUCAAAAGUGUCUGCAAGAGAGAUCAGUUUAUGGUUGCGCCACAUCAUUCUGUUUCCGUCUUGAACUACUUGGCGAUUGGGGAGGAUUACCUUUCUAUCCUUAUAAAACGUAUAUCGAAACAGCAACUGCAAAGAGGAUUGGUAUUGUUGCCGAAACACUGAACAGUAAACUUUUACUUGCACUGGGUGAUAAUUUUUAUUUCGACGGUGUUAAAGAUAUCAACGAUAAGAGAUUUUUUGACACGUAUGAAAACGUUUUUACAGCUCCUGCUUUAAAGAAAUCCAAAUGGUACGUUAUUGCCGGAAAUCAUGAUCAUUACGGAAAUAUAUCUGCUCAAAUUUUAUAUACUAACCGGUCAAAUAGCUGGUAUUUUCCACAUUACUAUUACACUCAAAGUCAUAACAUUCCAUUUUCGAAGAAAACUGUCCAAUUUGUUAUGAUAGAUACAAUUCUAUUGUGUGGUAAUACAGGCUAUGAUAUUCUUUAUGAUCAACCCAAGAAUGUAGAUAAUAAAAAAGCUAAGGUUCAACUUGAUUGGAUUGAGAAUGAAUUGAAAAAGAGUACUGCUGAUUAUUUAAUUGUAUCAGGACAUUUUCCAAUGUAUUCAAUUGCUGAACAUGGACCUACUAAAUGCCUCAUUGAUAAAUUAGAACCUUUAUUUAUAAAAUACCAAGUUUCAGCUUACUUUUGUGGUCAUGAUCAUAAUUUGCAACACUUAAGAGUUGGAAACAUCGAUUAUUUAUUAUCGGGGGCUUCAAACUUUAUUGAUACAGGUACUCAACAUAAAGACUCAGUUCCUAAUGGAAGUUUGAAAUUUCAUUGGGCCGAUCAAUUCGCCUUAGGUGGAUUUGGUAUUGUUCAAACUAAUAAAGAGGAAAUGAAGUG